CAUAAUCGAUAAAAUGCGAUUAAAUCUACAACGACAAAUAAUUAAGAUUGGAUUUUUUGAUGAUCCACCAUACACAUCGAAACGUGGUUCAAUAUCACCAAUAAUUGGUCUUGAACCGGAUAUAAUCGAUACGAUGGCUGAAUAUUUUAAUUUUUCUGUUCAAUAUAUUCGUUGUGAUAAUAUAUCGGAAAUGUUUCGAAUGUUACAUUAUAAAGAAACGGAUUUUAACAUCGGUGGUAUAAUGAUGACAUAUGAUCGACAUUUACGAAUGAAUUUUUUCUUCUCACAUUGGAUGGAUUAUGUAACGUUUGGUAUGAGAUGGCCAGAACGAAAUCAUAAUGGUUUCAAUUUAUUAUUAAAACCAUUUUCUUAUCAAGUAUGGUUCCUAUUAAUCACCGUAUUCAUCGUGUUUAUUAUUUUGAAUAAAUUUAAAAUCCGUAUAUUAAUACCAAUACGAAUAGUACAUCAUCAAAACGGUUUAAAUUCACAACAAUAUCGAUCCUCGAUCGAUUUGAAUUUAUUAUGGAUCAAUCUAAGCCUAUUGUUUCGACAACCAUAUUAUUGGCUACGUUAUCUCGAUACAUCAAUUAAAAUAUGUGUAAUUUUCUGGACAUUUUCGGCAUUAAUAUUGACCAUAUUUUAUGGUGGUUGUAUUUCAUCAAUUUUGGCCAUACCGAUUCAUAAUGGCAUUACGACCGUACAUCAGUUUGCCGAACAAUGUCACUCACAAAAUAUUAUCCCAUUAAUUCUAAACAACACAAGUUUUGUUCGUGUUUUCAACUAUUCUAAACUUGAUGUAUUCCAAACGAUAUGGCGUAAUUCUAGGCUGAUAGAGGAUAUGGAACAAGAAUUACGAAUAAUUGCAUCACAAUCGAUGAUGAAUGGUGAUGAUCGAAAAUUUGCCAUGAUUACAGCCCGUGAAACACUACAAUAUUUUCGUUUCCUAUUGGGAGAUGGCUCUAUAUAUAUACCACCAGAUGGUGAUGAUUCAUUCUAUCCAAUUUUGGUUUCAAUACCGGUUCGAUUAUCAUUUGAAUAUGAUCAUCAACCAUUCAAUGAUUUAAUAAUACAUCUACAGGCAGCUGGUUUACUACAACGAUGGAUGAAUCAAGAAUUAUCACGUGUUCGAGAUCCUAGUGAAUCGAUUGAUUCAUUCAUUGACAUAUACAAUGACUAUGAUUACAAUGGUGAUGAUGACAAUAAAAUUCAAUCAAACAGAAAUCCUCAUCACAUGAAAAAUUUAUUAUUAUCAUCAUCAUCAUUAUCAUUCAUAGAAUUAAAUAUGAUAUUUUAUUUUUAUUUAUGGUGUAUGUUCAUUAAUGCCAUCAUAUUUUUCAUGGAGAUUUUCAUUUAUAAACGUUUGUUGUUAUGCAAAAAAAUUAUUCACACAUUUAAAAUUUCGUUUACGAAUUUAUUAUGA